UAAGCGUGAAUUUCUAUGUGGCCCACCUAUGAUCAACGAAGGCGGUUGUGCAGGAGAAAUCGAUUGCGGAUUUUAGAGGAGCCAAAGUUCGUCAUGAUUGCCGUCCAUCGGCCGUUUUUUUGGACGGACUAGAUCUUGCACGCGUGUGGCCCAACUCCCACGAAAGGGCAUUUUGUGUAUCUUUCCUAUCUCCCCAAAUGCAUAAAACCCCCUUCGAAGCUGCAAAAUCCAAUCCUUUUCGCUCUUUUCCGCUCGUCUUCUCUCUCCAAAAGAAUUCAAGAGAAAAUCUCACAUUGGCCCUCUCGCGAUCUCCGCCAAGCAGGUUUAUUUGUUUCCAUCAAAAUGUCUUCUUUGAGUGCAAUAGCACCAGUGCUUCCCAUUUCCCCCAAGAGGCCUAUAGGCAAAGAAGAAAUUCAACAUAGAGGGAGGAUUCGGCUUAUUGAAUGUGGUCUGGCAGUACCCAGCAUACAAUCCCAACCAUUUCGGUGUGGAAACUUGGUUUCACGUGCUCGUCGGCCACCUUCCUCCGUGGUGGUUUGCGCUGCUGCUUUUAAUGCAAGAUGUGGAGCAGUGCAAACCCAAACCUUUACUCGCCAGUCUUCAACAAUCACCGUUGAACCCAUUCAAGGCAAGGAAAAGUCACCCGACCUUGAUGAUGGUGGAACCGGGUUCCCCCCACGUGAUGAUUGCGGUAUCGGCGGCGGGCAAGGAUGGUCAGGUGGUGGCUAUGGAUGGUCAGGUGGCGGCCAUGGACGGUCAAGUGGCGGCCAUGGAUGGUCAGGUGGGUUCAACUUCUUUCUCCUGCUUGCUUUCCUCGGAUUUCUCAAGGAUCGAGAGAGCGAGGGGCCUUAUAGGAAUGAACGGAGGAGAUGAGGAGCAAACAAACAGGAAGAUGAUAAACAUUGAUAGGGAAAAUUGCUUCUGCUAUAUUGUUCUCUUUUUAAUCCGAAAAUAUCAAAUAUAUUCCUUUGAUUCUGGUUUCCAUGGAAUAAAAAAGAUUGAAUUUCUCU